AUGGCGACGGCGCACAUCCCGCUCAACCAGCACCCCGAUGUCGUCAGGUACCCUCGCCCGCUGCCGCUCUCAUACCGUUAUCAGCUUGUCUCAGCGUUGUCUUCUCGCCGCUCGCCCUCUCCCCGCAGGUGGCUGCCCGCGCUCUCCCCGCUGCAGGCGGAUCGCCCGCUCGCCCUCGCCGCGUGGGACUACCGCACGUGCUCCGCGCACCUGCACGCGCUCCUCCUCUCCCCGCCGCAAUCCCCCGCCUCGCCCCCCGCCGCCUCGCCCCCUCUGCCCACGCUCGCGCCCCUGGGCGCGUGGCAGCUGCCGGCGCGCGCGUCCCGCCUGUCCGUGUGCGCGCUGCCCGACGGGCGGUCGCUGCUGCUGCUGGGGUCGCGCGGCGGGCAUGUUAGCGCGCUGCUGCUCGACGGAUGGGACGUGCUGGGCGCCGAGGGGGCGCUCGCGGAGGCGCUGCAGCAGGGGGAGACGGGUGAGGGGCGCGGGGGCGACGAGCGCAUGAAGGGAGUGGAUGGGGGAAAUGGGGCGGGCAAAGCGCGUGCUGGGAGUGAUGAGGGGAAGAGGAGGGCGGGGACAGGGCUGCUGGUGGGUGGGGGCGUGGACGGGGUGGGAGGCAAGGGGGAAAAGGCGGGCGGGGACAGAGGCAUAGCGCUGAUCACAGCCGCACCAAGGGGAGCGGGGGGACAGGGCGGGCAGGGGCACGAGGGACGCGUGACAGCAGUGGACUUCCGCGCGGACAAUGCUCGCUGCCUCUCCGCGGGCGCGGACGGGCGCCUGCAGGCCAUGGCGCUGGUGGCGGGGCAGUGGGUGGCGGACUCACUGCUGGCGGACGCAGGGGGCGCACAGGGGGGGGGCGCGGGGGCUGUGGCGGUGACGGCGGGCAGGUGGCGCGCGGCGGCGGAGGCAGUGACAGGCAGCAUGGGGGGCGCCGUGCAGCUGUGGGACGUGCGGGCGGGGCCUGCUCAUGCACCCGCUGCCACGUGCAGCAUUGCGUGCACCUGCACCCACGCACAACCCACUCGUGCUCGCCCCACCCGCCUGCCAUCUACACUUCCACGUGCCUCGCGCUCUCACCACUGCCUUGUCUCCUCUCCCCAAACCACCACCCACCCCCCCACCCUCUUCCCCUUGCCCCUCUCGGCGCGCGUGCCACGGUACCAGGCAGCGGGGUGGCAGGGCGCGGUGGUGGCGUGGGACCUGCGCCACCUGCACCACCCGCUCAUGCUCUUCGGCUCCUCCGCUGCUCUGCCCGCCUCUCCCUCACCCGGUGCGCGCGGGGCGGAGUGGGCGCAGGGGGACGUGUGGGAGGUGCAGUUUGACCCGCUCACACACCUCUCGCUGCUCUCCUCCGCGCGCCCCGCUGCUGCCACCACCUCAGGCGCUGCUGCCGUGCCGCCCAUGCUGGCUUGCUGCGAUGACGGCCUUCUCUCCCUGCUGCAUGCAGGAGGAGCGGUGCAGGACAUCAUGCACGCGCCACACGCCAUCAACUCCUUCGAUGUCGAACCCUCUUUCGGUCAGCACGUGGUGGCAUCGACCUACCACGCCAUCACAUACGUGUGCCGCCCCAAGCUGCCAUGA